GGCGCUGCGACAGUCGGGCUUUGAGCUGCCCACGUUUUGCAGCGGACGUCAGUUGCGGGACUACCAGCAGGUGUCGGUGCGGUGGAUGGUGAACAACUACUGCCAGGGACGCAACUGCAUCCUGGGAGAUGAGAUGGGUCUGGGCAAGACUGCUCAGAGCAUUUCCUGCCUGGAGACGUUGCGCCGGGUGGGCGGCGUGCGGGGGCCCUUCCUCAUCGUGGCGCCGCUCACCACGCUGGGGCACUGGCAGCGGGAGGUGAUGACGUGGACGGACAUGAACGUGGUGCUGUUUGCCGGCUCGGCUGAGGACCGCGCUGUCAUUCUGGAACACGAGUUCUUCUACCCCUCCUCCUCGGCGGGGGCGGCCGCAUCAAGGGGCCGGGGCAGCUCCUCCCGGGGGGGUGAGCGGCAGGUCAAGUUCAACGUACUGCUCGUGUCGUACGAUACCCUGCUCAAGGAGCGCUCCCUGCUCCGCUCCCUGCGCUGGUCCGCUGCCGUGUUUGACGAGGCGCACCGGCUGAAGGGGCUCAACAGCUCCACGCGGGCGGCGGUGCAGGAGAUGGACCUGGGCUGGCUGCUGCUGCUCACGGGUACCCCCAUCCAGAACAACAUGAUGGAGUUGUUCUCCAUCCUCUCGCUGCUGGACCCGGACGCGUACCCCUCCCCGGAGGACUUUGCCGCUCGGUUCGGAGGGGCGCCGGGGGGGCAACCGCCCUCGGUGGAGCAGAUCAAGCAGCUGCAGUCCGCCCUGGCCCCCGUGCUGCUCCGGCGCAUGAAGGAGGACGUGGAGGAGCUGCCUCAGAAGGAGGAGGUGGUCAUCUGGGUGGAGCUGUCGGCCCACCAGCGGACCUACUACCGAGCCAUCUACGAGGGGCAGAUUGGGGCGCUGCUGGGGGCGGGGGGAGGAGCGGGAGGGGAGAAGGGCGCCAGGCCGCUGGCCGCCAUGAGGAAUCUGGCCAUGGAGCUCAGGAAGCUGUGCUGCCACCCGGUGCUUUGCGACGGUCUGGAGGAGGACCUCAAAUUCAAACUGGAGGAGCAGCGGGCCGCCCUCCCUGCAGCCGCCCUCCCUGCAGCUGCACCCCCCCAGCAGCAGCAGCAACAGGGGGGAGGAGCAGCAGCAGGGGCAGCUGGAGGGGCAGCAGCAGGAGGAGCGGAGGGGGCAGCAGCGGCCGCUGUUGCCAGCGCCGACGCGGCCCUGUCCCGGUGUCCUGAGCUGGAGUUGCUGGUGCGGGGCAGCGGCAAGAUGGUGCUGCUGCACAAGCUGCUGCCCAAACUGAGGGCGGAGGGUCGCCGCGUGCUGAUCUUCUCCCAGUUCGUGAUCAUGCUCAACGUGCUGGAGGACUACUGCCGCCUCAUGAGCUACCCCGUGGAGCGGAUCGACGGCAACACAAGCGGCAGGGAGCGGCAGCAGGCAAUCGACAGGUUCUGCGCGGAGGACUCGGACUCGGACUCCGCAUUCGUGUUCCUGCUAUCCACCCGAGCGGGCGGGCAGGGCAUCACCCUCACCGCGGCCGACACGUGCAUCAUUUACGACAGCGACUGGAACCCGCAGAACGACCUGCAGGCCAUGGCCCGCUGCCACCGCAUCGGCCAGAAGAAGGAGGUGACGGUGUACCGACUCAUCAGUCGGGACACGUACGAGAUGGCGCUCUUCAAGUCCGCUAGCAAGAAGUACGGCCUGGAUGAGGCCAUCCUGGGUUUCUCCGCGGGCAGCGACCCCGAGGCUGACGCGGCUCGCAUCUCGGACCUGCUGCGGCACGGGGCGCAUGGGCUGCUUGGCGACAUGGAGGCGGGGGCGAGGCAGGGGGAGGCGUUUGCAGGGGAGGAUAUCAACCAGAUCCUGGAGGGUCGUACGGAGAAGCGGCAGAUCGGAUCUCGCGCCGGCAAUACCUUCUCCGUCGCCACCUUUGCCCUGGACGACGCCAACAACGCGGACAAUGGUGACCCACGGGUCGGUCCCCGCGGCCGGCGGGCCGGCGAGGACGACAAGGAGUACUGGCGCUCACUGCUGCCGGAGGCCGUGGCAGCUCAUGAGGCGCAGCUCGCCGCGGGACCCCAGUUCCUGGGUCGCCGCAAGCGCGCCAAGGUGAACUACAACAUCAAUAGCAGGAAGUUUGGGAAGCGCGUGCGGGACUCGGACGACGACGGCUCGGACGGUUCGGCUUCCAGCGACGACGACGAUUCUGGCGGCGGCAGCGGCGCUGCUGCUGCUGCUGGGGGUGAGGAUGCUGCUGCUGCUGCGGAGGCGGCCGAGGGAGGCAAGAAGGGGAAGCGCGGCCGUCGGUCGCAAAAGGAGGGCAAGGAGGAUGCUGCAUCAGCGGCAGCAGCAGGAGGGAAGAAGUGGACGAAGUCGGAUGUGAAGACGCUGGAAGACCGGUUGAUGGGCUUUGGGCCCGACAGGUAUUCCGAGCUAUACGCCCAGCUACAGCCCACAAAACGCUCCCCCGAGGAGGUGGAGGCGGCCGCUCGGGCGCUGUGGGCCCUAUACUGCUCCGCUGCUGCUCUAGAAACUGAGCGGAGGGAGCGGAAGAUGAAUGCGAUAUUCCAGGACAUGGUGGCGGCGGAAAUGGAGAUGGAGGGCGGGGGUGGGGGUGCUGGGCAGGGGCAGGCGGCGGAGGCUGAGAAGGCGGCAGCAGCAGGUGCUGCGGGGGCUGAGAAGGCGGCGGUGGCGAAGGCUGAGAAGACGGGCAGUGGAGCAGCGGUGACAGGAGGGGCAGGAGGGGCAGCAGCAGGGGCGGCUCCUGCAUCCGGGGAGCUGAAUGAGUGGGAGCAGAAGCUGAUGGAGGAGGUGGAGAAGCUUCCCGAGUACCUCCGCAAGAUCCUGGCCGCCCCUCCCACCGUACGCCGUAUCCUGCGCGAUGCAGUCGAAGCCACGCAGCACGCCAAGGCCAUGGUAACGCUCGCAGCACUGGUACGGCCGGACGGCAGCACCAACGGUAACGGUAACAACGGUAACGACAACCGCGAGGGUGCUAACGCUGGGGGAUCAGCUACAGCGGCGGCGGCGGCAGGGCCCGCAGCAGCAGCGGCGCCGACCUAUCAUGUGCCGUACCUACAGAUUCCCCCCUCGGCCGGUUUGCCAGGCUGGUGGGGCCGAGCGGAUGAUGAGGCACUGCUGCAGGCGGCAGUGCAGGUGGGCUACACGCGGGGUUACGCCAGCCGACGUACCGCGGAGCAUGCGCUGCGUAACCCCCCCCUUGCCGGCAAGUUUGCCCGUCUAAAACCCUUGGCGGAGGGAGAGGAGGAGCAGGAGGAGGGGCAGGCACAGGAGGAGCAGGUGCAGCAGGGAGGGCAGGCGCCGCAGCAGCAGCAGGGGAAGCAGAAGGAGGGGCCGCCGCCUCAGGAGGAGGAAAAUGAGAAGCAGCAGGGGAAGCAAGAGGGAACGCAGCAGCAGGCGCAAGGGCAAGGCCAGCAGCAGGGGAAGCACGAUUUUGACCUGAUGGACUCGGAUGAUUUCGAUUUGGAGGUGGACCUCAGGAUCACGUCUGGAGGGGCUGGGGAGAAAACCAAGCCGCAGCGGAUGACGCAGGAUGAGUGGCGGCAGCUGAUCAGCAACCUCACCAAGCGGCUGUCCAAGGUGGUACAAAGCACCCUGGACCGGCACAGGGGUGCGCAGAAACGGCCGGUCCUGUCUUUCAGGGGGACUAGGAAGUCCGCCGGAGCCGCCGCGCCCACCCAAGCAGGAACCGGCGCCGCUGCCGCUCCUACUGCUGCUACUGCUGCCGCUUCAAAACCCACUUCAGCCGCCACAGGCGCCCCAGCAGUAGCAGCAGGAAAAGGAGUAGGCUCUGUGCCGGCAUCCGGAGCAGCCGCACGUGUUGGCGGUGCUGAUGGUGGCAAUAGCAGCAGCAAGCUCUUGCAGCUGCAGCAGCAGGAGGCGCUGGCUACCGUGCUGCUCAACGUGGUUUCCCAACACGUGGCUGCAUCCCAGCAACAGAACAAGCCGCCCUCGCCCGGCGCUGCUGCCGGAGGUGCUGGUGGCUCGGCUACUGCCCCCGCGGCAACAUCCGGAGGGCAGCAGCAGAAGCCCCAGCAGCAGCAACCGCGUUUGACGCCUACCGGGGACAGUGCCGGCAAGACGGCCGGCGCCAAUGCAGCCGCCGGCGGUGGUGGUGGUAGCGCUGGCGGGAAGCAGAAGGCUGCAAAGCGGCAAAGCCUCCUGCCUUUUGCGCGCCUGGGUCCAUCCAGCAAGCCCUCCACAGCAGCAGCACCUGUCACAGCGGCAGGGGAGGCGGGGGCGGAGGUACGGAAGAAAGAGCAGGCGCCUCCGUCGGGCAAGGUGCUGCAUGGUGGUGGCAGCGGGGCUGUUGGAGUGGUGAAAGAUUGGGGGAAGACUCCCGCGGCGGGGAUUGCGGCGGGAGUAACGGUGGGAGCAACGGCAGCAGCGGUAGCGGCAGGGUGCGGUGUGGGAAAGAUGGCGGCGGUGGUGCCGGGUGUUGAGCCCGGAUCCGCUGAGAAGCCCAUCGAGAUUGAGGAAUCGGAUUGAUGAGGGGAAUGAGGGAAAGGAUGAUGGAGUGACCCGCGGGGCGGUCGGGUGGUGCCGUGGGAUAAUGGAUUGCGGACGAGGCAUGGGCGGUUUUGAGGUGAAGCUAGGACGCAUGGCGAUGUAUAGAAGCAAAAGACAGAUAGAAGCAAAAGGCAGAGAUGGUUAGAUCUACAUGGAGUGUUUUUUGUUACUCUGGAUGUUCCAAUACCACCAUUGUGGCGCACUGUUCUUUCUUCUUUGGUUCAAGUAUUGCUUAGUUUAGGAGGAAGGUGAAAAGGUGAGAAUAAGGAUAUUUUAGCAUGCUGUUCAUGGGGUGGGUAGGAUAGCGUAGUAGGUAGCUUUUAAGGGGAGACUUGAGACGGAGGCCAACACAGACUUGGAUUCUGCUUGGAUUUUUCGCAGGCUGGGUUAUCGUAGGAGCUUGGGAGUUGUCUUGGGGGUUAUGCGUCGGCGGCUCCUGCUUUGUGCAUGCGUAUGUUCGGCGGUUGGACACAUUGACUCUUGUUCAGUUAGGUUUAGGUUAGGGUUAGGAUUAGAUUAGGUCUUAUGCGUUAACGGUUCUAAACAGCCAUACCCGUGCGAGCUGCCGUUCAAUGAGUGAAUGUACUGGUGUCAGUCUCGUCCCGUACACAGGAUGGAAACCAUGCCGUCCUCGGGUCGCGGCCAGCUUGAUCUCUCUGCGUCCUGCAAGACUCGUUCAUGACGAAGAGGUCACGUUCGCCCCCUAGCAAAGGGGCCUGGGUUUACGGCUGGUAAGCUACGCAUGGUCUCACCUUUUCAG